UGAAGAAUGAAGUUAAAGGAAGCUGUGCUGUUGGUCUGCCUGGUCCUGAAAAUUCUGGGCGUUUGGGGAGUCCCACACUUGCUGGAUUCGCAGUGUGUUGCCGCAAAGGCCUCAGCUAAGGUGGUGAACGGACAAAAUGCUGGUAUAUUGUUCAAUCCCUGGAUGGCAGUCAUUAUUGAACGCGGGCAGAUGAUUUGCGGAGGCUCCCUGAUUCACUCUCGUUUUGUGCUAACUGCCGCGCAUUGCACUAGCAAUUAUACUUUAACAGUGCGUCUUGGAGAUUACGACAUUAGCCACAAAAAUUCGGAUUGCACUAGGGACGGCUGUAUUCCGGGGCCCAAGGACUUUACCGUGACCCACACGUAUACCUAUGUGCCCUAUACGGACUUCCACUUCCAUGACCUGGCUCUCCUCAAGCUAAAUAAAACGGUGCAGUACAGCGUUCACAUCAGGCCAAUAUGCCUGCUUGUGGGGGUCUUGCCCAAGAUGGAGGCGCAUCUCAUGAAUAUUAUUUCGCGUUUCAACAUCACCGGCUGGGGUCGCACAAAGUCCAGCCAAGUCAGUGUCGUCCUUCAGCAGACCACCUUGCAUAACUACCCCGUUAGCCAUUGCGCCAGGCUCUUUGGCAGAACUAUGGACUCCGCCCAUCUCUGUGCUGGAAGCCAGUCCAGCUCCACUUGCUCCGGGGACUCUGGUAGCCCCCUAACAGCCAGGAUUGUGUGGGAUCUAAAGCGCAUCGUCCAGUUUGGCGUUGUGAGUUAUGGUAGGCAAAAUUGCCAGGGACCUACUGUCUUUCCGAAUCUUUUAAGGUACGGAAACUGGAUCGAAAAGACAAUUAACCUGGUAUUAGGCAGAGUCGCCAAUAAAUAAUAUUUUUGACAAAAUAAA